AUGACGAACAAGAAAGUACAAUCCCCAAAGGAAGAAAGCAUUGCUAAAAUGCUUAUUUGUAAAGUUCACAUUGGAACGAAAAACUUGGAAAACAAGAUGAAAAGAUAUGUGUACACAAGAGCGAAAGAUGGAGUACAUAUAAUUAACUUGGCCAAAACUUAUGAGAAGUUACAACUAGCUGCAAGAAUUAUAGUAGCUAUUAGUAACCCAGCUGAUGUAGUAGUAGUGUCAGCUAGACCAUUUGGUAGUAGAGCUGUAUUAAAAUUUGCUCAGUACACAGGUGCACAAGCAAUAGCAGGAAGAUGGACUCCUGGUAUGUUAACAAAUCAAAUUAUUCAAAAAUUUACAGAGCCAAGAUUAUUAAUAGUAACAGAUCCAAGAACAGAUGCACAGCCAGUUAAAGAAUCAUCAUAUGCAAAUAUUCCGGUCAUUGCUUUAUGCGAUUCUGAUUCCCCUUUAGAACAUGUAGAUGUAGCUAUACCAUGUAAUAAUAAAGGUAAAGAAUCAAUUGCACUUAUGUAUUGGUUACUAGCACAAGAAGUUUUAUAUCUUAAAGGGACCCUACGAAGAUCCCAACCAUGGAGUGUUAUGGUUGAUAUGUUUUUAUGGAGAGACCCUGAACAAUUUGAAUUGAAAAAUUUGACAAAUGAAGAAAAUGCCCCAGUAGCUCCUCAUUUAGCGGAUAAUCAGUUCGCUACGGAAGCUCCAUAUGAAGAAUGGAACAAGAAAGAAGAAUGGAAUGACAAUGCAAAUGAAGAGUGGAAAAAUCCUAUCACCGCUGAUGAGUGGUAA